UCUCAUAUGCAAGAUAUUACAAAUAAUGAUAAUGAUAAUGCACAAGAUUCUAAUACUUUAGCUUCUACAAUUAAUGUAUUGUCAUCAAAAAGUGUUCAGUUUUCUCUCUCUAUUAAGAGGAAAAAU